GGGAAAUGUUUCAGUAAAAAUUCCAGCCGGGUGUCACACCAGAGGACUCACACAGAAGAAAAACCGUAUCAGUGUCCAGAGUGUGGGAAAAGUUUCAGUCAUAAUUCCACCCUGGUGACCCACCAGAGGACUCACACUGAGGAUAAACCGUAUCAGUGUCCAGAUUGUGGGAAAAGUUUCAGUCAUAAUUCUACCCUGGUGAUACACCAGAGGACUCAUUCCCAGGUUAAAUUGUAUGAAUGUCCAGAGUGUGAGAAAAGUUUCAGUCAAAUUUCCCACCUUGUGGUACACCAGAGGACUCACACGGGAGAAAAACCAUAUGAAUGUCCAGAGUGUGGGAAAAGUUUCAGUCAGAAUUCCACCCUAGUGAUACACCAGAGGACUCAUUCCCAGGACAAACCAUAUGAAUGUCUAGAGUGUGGGAAAAGUUUCAGGCAUAAUUCCACCCUGGUGACACACCAGAGGACUCACACAGGAGAGAAACCGUAUGAGUGUCCAGAUUGUGGGAAAAGCUUCAGUCAGAAUUGUGGCCUCGUGACACACCAGAGGACUCACACAGGAGAGAAACCAUAUGAGUGUCCAGAGUGUGGGAAAAGUUUCAGUCAAAUUUCCAGUCUGAUAACACACAAGAGGACUCACACAGGAGAAAAACCGUAUGAGUGUCCAGAUUGUGGGAAAACAUUCAAUAAAGAUUCCCACCUGGUGACACACCAGAGGACUCACACAGGAGAGAAACCAUAUGUGUGUCCAGAUUGUGGGAAAAGUUUCAGUCAGAAUUCCAGCCUCGUGAUACAUCAGAGGACUCACACAGGAGAGAAACCGUAUGAGUGUCCAAAGUGUGGGAAAAGUUUCAGUCAGAAUUGCAUCCUCGUGACACAUCAGAGGACUCACACAGGAGAGAAACCAUAUAAGUGUCCAGAGUGUGGGAAAAGUUUCAGUCAAAUUUCCAGUUUGAUAACACACCAGAGGACUCACACAGGAGAAAAACCGUAUGAGUGUCCAGAUUGUGGGAAAAGUUUCAAUAAGGAUUCCCACCUGGUGACACACCAGAGGACUCACACAGGA